UAUGCAGACAACUUGGACACGCAUGGUCACACAUAUUUCCUGCAAGCAGUGAGUUCUUGUAUUAAUACGGAUUCUUAGUCUGAGUCUUCGACAAUUACCUGUGCUUAUGAUUAUUAGAAAAGCAACAUAAGUAAUGCGACCCGUUAGCUUUCCCUAUAUUGUUAGGCUUUUCCCUACUGGCAAAUGAUUGUUAGAAAAGCUGUGAGCAACAGCAUUUCUGGGAAGAGAUCAUAUUAGUGAAAGCGAUGCUCACAAUCCAUUUUGACAUGGCUGAUUGACAUGCUAUGACUUUUGACUGCUCUCAGAUUCUAUUGUCGACCUGGAGAUGCACAGAAAGGGAAGGUCAAGCGAAUUAAUCUGAUGCGAGCAGCGAUCGCAUACGAGAAAUCACACGAUAAACCCUCGCGAAGCCUUACUAUUACGGAUCAGGCACUUUAA